GUUUAGGGUUAUGCCCCCAUAAAUAGCUCAACUGUAAAUACUAAAUAAGCACACAUCGUCUAUACCUGCAUCUCUCUGAGCCAAUCAUGUGAAAGCAAUGAAAUUUUCCCAUAACAAGCAGCUUCUUACAGUAAGCAGUUAGGAAAGAUCCUCUCUGCCUGGACAUACCUUCACCUUCAACUCAGUUUCUUUAAUGUUCCGCUAAAGAUUGAGAAUUUUUUGUUCUGUUUUUGCCUGGGAGAUCAUCUCGUUUUGGACUUACAAUGAUUAAAGGUGUUUCUGAUAUCGCUGCAAUGUGCGUCGGCCUGGUUGGGCUGAUCGGAGCCUCAGCUACCACAGGUCUGCCAAUGUGGAAAGUGACUGCUUUCAUAGGAGAAAACAUCGUUGUGAUGGAGACACGCUGGGAGGGCUUAUGGAUGAACUGCUACAGACAGGCAAACAUCAGGAUGCAGUGUAAGGUGUACGACUCCUUGUUGUAUCUGCCCCCCGAUCUGCAGGCUGCCAGAGGCCUGAUGUGCUGCUCUGUUGCCUUGUCAGGGUUAGGCCUCCUCAUAGCUCUAGCAGGAAUGAAAUGCAGCAACUGCCUUCAAGGUAACAGAUGGGCUAAAACAAUCAUUUUAAUGAUUGCUGGAGCAAUGCAGUUCAUGGCCUGCAUUUGUGUUUUCAUACCGGUGUCUUGGACUGGUCAUGUCAUCAUUCAAGAUUUUUACAAUCCGCUGCUGAUUGAUGCCCAGAGGAGAGAGUUGGGAGAAGCUCUUUACAUCGGUUGGGUGACGGGAGCGGUUCUUUUUGCAUCGUCCUUGUUGUUCAUAUGCAGACGAAUUCCCUCAGAAAAAGGCUCAUUUGAUGUAUACUCCCCAAUGAAAUUGCUGAAUUACAAGCCAGAAGCAAACAGACAAGCAAUGACAAGAUAUCGGCCUGUUUCAAGUGCUCCAAGCAUUCAGUCGAACCCGUAUCGGAAUUCCCCCCAGGGCAACGGUCCAGUACCACUUCAAAAUUUCCAAGUAAUGACAAGCAAUGGAUCCCCGAUGAACCCAGCUAUUCUCUACACUCCUGGUCCAUUUGAAAAUGCAUCACUGCUGUAUCAAGGAAGCCUGGCUCAUCAGUCUUCAAUGCCAAGCUCUUACCACCCCAGCAGCAUUUACACCUCAGGAAACUCGUUAUACAUGACCCAAAACCCAACUCCGUACUCACCAACGUAUACCGGGAAUGCAACCUCAUCCUUCCAAUCAAGCUUUCAUCCCAUUCCACAGACUCCUGUUUUUAUAAGCUACAAGCAAUCCAUGGUUAACCCAGAGUCUCGCAGCCUAAGCCACAAUGGAGUCUACAUAUAAAGUAAAUUUGAAUUGAGAAAGCUUCCUGGAGGGGAAGUGAAACGUCUUCAAACCUUGGAAACAAAGUCCAGUGGAUUGUUUUUUAAACUUUUACGGAAUAUAUAAAGUAAACUUUAAUAAGAUUUUUUUGUUGUUGUUUUUUUUUUUUUUUCCUGAACUACAAACCAGUUAAGAUUGCCUUAUUCUGAUAGAGGUUUAUUUCUUUAAUACAUUGAAUCUCCUCCUGGGAACAUAAAUCUAAUAUAUUUUCCUUUUCUUAUCACAUUCUUCAAAAUUUUGCUAUUGAUUUAUUUUGCCUAUUUAUGUGUGGUGAAUUUGUACUUUAAAAUGUUUGAUUUAUACUUAUUACUUUAUUUUAUAACACAUUUAAUAUAUACUCAUCAAUACAUAUUAUUGUACAUAAUAUGUAAAUAUAUAUUUCGUUUUUAUGUCUCUAUAUGUUUCAGGAUUAAUACAUAGAUUAUAAUUGACUAACAAUUAUUUUGUUCUUGUAAAAUGUCUAAUGGUAAUGUUUAUUAAAAGGAACCCCUG